UCCCCCGCGGCGGGUGAGUGACAGGCGGCCGCUGAGGAGCGGCGAGGACGUCGAGCGCCCCCCGCGCGUGCGACGAGGCGGCCCUGACGGGGCAGCGCGGCCCGCCCGGUCCCCCUUCUGGCUCGCUCCGACGACCCUCCCCCCCCAAGAUCCCCACCACGACUACCACGGCGGCGGCGACGGCGGGGUCCGGGCUCCUCACCCGCCCCCCGAUGACUGCGGCAAACGGCGGAGGCGCCCACGACGACUUCGACUUCAGGCUCAUCUUCGGGGAGGAAGACGGCGACCCGCCGGGGCCUCCCUCCGCCUCCGCAACAGCAGAUCUCGAACCUGAUGACUGCGGAUCUUUGUGCAUUUUCAGCGUCGACCACUCUUCAUCCGUAAAUCAUCCUAUUUGUAUCCCGUGUCAUGGAUUUCAAACACACCCUUCUCCUUUGUCUUCGCCUGCUAAAUUGCAGGGUCACAAAAGCUACGAAGGAACCUGUGAAAUACCCGAUUCUAAGUACAGUCCACUUGGUGGGCCUAAGCCUUUUGAAUGUCCUAGUAUUCAGAUUACAUCCAUCUCUCCAAACUGUCAUCAUGGAAUAGAAGCCAGCGAGAAUGAAUUGCACACCAACGGCACUCAAAAUGAAUAUCUGGAAAGGCCUUCAAGGGACCACUUGUACCUUCCUCUUGAGCCAUCUUACCGAGAGUCAUCCCUUAGCCCAAGUCCUGCCAGCAGCAUUUCCUCUCGGAGCUGGUUCUCAGAUGCUUCCUCUUGUGAGUCAGUCUCUCAUAUUUACGAUGACGUGGAUUCGGAACUGAAUGAAGCUGCCGCUCGCUUUACCCUUGGGUCCCCUUUGGCAUCUCCUGGAGGUUCUCCAAGAGGCUGCCCAGUUGACGACCCUUGGCAACAACCGUAUGGAUUCGGGCAUGCCUUGUCACCGAGACAAUCCCCUUGUCACUCUCCUAGGACUAGCAUCACAGACGAGAAUUGGCUUAGCCCAAGACCAACCUCCAGGCCCUCAUCCAGGCCUACAUCGCCCUGUGGGAAGCGCCGACAUUCGAGUGCUGAAAUCUGUUACCUCGGCUCCCUUUCUCCUCAUCAUUCUCCCUCUCCAUCACCCGGACAUUCUCCUAGGGGGAGUAUCACGGAAGACACCUGGUUGAAUUCUUCCCUCCAUGGUCUCGGUCCCGGCCUUGCGUCUUUCCAGUGUUGCGGAGAUACUGACAUACCUCUUAAGACCAGGAAGACCUCCGAGGAUCAGACUACAAUUAUUGCUGGGACAGCCGAGCUUUGUUCUGACGACCCGGGCAAUUUAUCUCCAUCCCUUGAAACGGCGAUAGACGAUAGCUCCGUAUCCCAUCAUAUGUUAAAAAAAGAUUUGCCUGGUGACCAAUUCCUUUCUGUCCCUUCACAUUUUACCUGGAAUAAACCAAAGCCGGGCCAUACUCCUAUAUUUCGCACAUCUUCAUUGCCGCCUCUAGACUGGCCUUUACCCAUACAAUAUGGGCAGUGUGAACUGAAAAUAGAAGUACAACCAAAAACUCAUCACAGAGCACAUUAUGAAACGGAAGGCAGCAGAGGAGCAGUAAAAGCAUCUACUGGUGGUCAUCCUGUAGUCAAGCUCCUAGGUUACAAUGAAAAACCUGUAAAUCUUCAAAUGUUUAUUGGGACAGCAGAUGAUCGGUACUUACGACCACAUGCUUUUUACCAAGUGCACAGAAUCACAGGAAAAACAGUUGCCACAGCGAGUCAAGAAAUCAUCCUUGCCAGCACCAAAGUCUUGGAAAUUCCUCUUUUACCUGAAAACAACAUGACUGCCAGUAUUGACUGUGCAGGUAUUCUGAAGCUCCGCAAUUCAGACAUAGAGCUUCGGAAGGGGGAGACGGAUAUUGGAAGGAAAAACACAAGAGUGAGGCUCGUAUUUCGUGUCCAUAUCCCACAGCCGAGUGGGAAGGUCUUGUCCCUUCAGGUUGCCUCUAUACCUGUUGAAUGCUCUCAGAGAUCGGCCCAGGAACUUCCUCAGAUAGAGAAAUACAGCAUCAGCAGUUGCUCCGUAAACGGAGGCCAUGAAAUGAUUGUUACAGGCUGUAACUUCCUUCCAGAAUCAAAAAUUUUAUUUCUGGAAAAGGGGCAAGAUGGACGGCCCCAGUGGGAAGUGGAAGGAAAAAUAAUUAGAGACAGGAGUCAAGAGGCUGCGCUCAUUCUUGAAGUUCCUCCGUAUCACAACAAAGCAAUUACAGCGGCCGUCCACGUACAGUUCUACGUUUGCAACGGCAAAAGGAAAAAAAGCCAGGCUCAGCGUUUUACAUAUAUUCCAGUUGUAUUGAAACAAGAGAACAGAGAUGAAAUGGACUUGUCUUCAGUCCCAUCGUUGUCCCUGACUCACUGUAAAGGACUCUCUCCUGUCCAAACCCAGUUGCCUUCUCCUGACCCAGGGCUUUCACACGAUAGUUUACUUCCUCCUUCCUCCAGGAACCUUGUCUGUCCCCUACAGCCGCCCUUCACGCCCAUGGUAUCGUCAACAGUAACUCAGUUGUCCCACAUACAAGGUAGAAAUCUUAGUCCAGGUGAAGAGCAUCCUGCCCUGUCUUCAGCUGUAGUCCAUCCGUCUUUUCAGGUCACAGCAGCAUCUUCUGUGGGGCCUUCCUACCAGUCUAUGCAACCCAAUGUUAUGUUUAAUGGACAGCCUGGUCUUCCCAUGGAUCCUGUCUCUUCCAGUCAAGGAUAUGAGGCAAUUUCAUUUCAGCAAGACGCACCUGUACCUCCACUGAUAAACCUCAGCUGCCAGUCUCUGCCACCCAUCCCAUAUCAUACUUCGAGUUCAGGUUCGGUGUCAACGUCCAACGUUGCAACUGGAGGACAUACUUCAGCACACCUAGCUCAAUCGAGACACUCCUCGCCUCAUUUGCAAUCCAUGCGAUACCAUUGUCCCGAUCCUCAGCAAAGCCCUGUCUCUUCUGCAGUGACUCAGUCCCUUGGACCCCCUUCCACACAGUUGCAGCCAAUGACUUUUUCUUCAAAUCCAGGUAAUUCCUCCUCCUCCUCAUCAUCCCCCAAAUCUUCUCAUUCUUUAGUCCAUUCACCACGUUCUGGGCCAUCUUCGCCACAGUUGCAACCUCUACCUUACCAUCUUUCUAGCUCGGGAUCUGCCUCAUCUCCUCCUCCUCCUCCUCCAGCCUCUCUCAGUCAGUCUGGGCAACAGUCCCCACAAGAGCAUAGCCCAGGUUUGGGUGGAAUCGCCACAGCUUCAUCUUUGCUGCAUCAUAACAUAUGUGACACAUCUCCAUUUCCAUCAGAAGGGUCAACUGUUAAUAUUAAGCCUGAACCAGAAGAUCAAGAGUUAAAUUUUCAGACAAUGGGAUUGGAAGACAUCACGUUAGAUGAUGUGACGGAAAUCAUUGGAAGAGACAUGCCGCAGAUCUCUGCAUCCCGUGGAGCAGGAGGUGCCGUCCUGCAGAAACCUGGAGAGACCCAGGAAGCUUUGCACUUUUCCUCUGAGUAACGUUAUGUCCCCCUUUAGAUCUACUGUGCUUCCGAUUACGUGGCCUUGAUGAUCCUGGACACUGGAUCCCUACAGAGCUGUUCUAGGAGAGCGGGAAAGAGAGUGGUAACAGGAAACAGGUUGAGUUUUAGAUUUUUAGGAUGCUGUAAAAAAUAGAAAGGAUUACUUUAUAAAAAUGGACACCAAGAAGUGACCCAAGAUUACUCUAACCUUGAGUAAAAUACCAAUGAGCUUUGCUUGUCUUGUGCAUUUAACAUAAUUCUUUUAUAUGAAGUGCUUCAUUGUAUGGAGAAGCGUAGUUUUGCUCUCAAAUAUGCACAGUUACUGAAUGUGGGUAAUUUUUUUUUUAAUAAACACCAUCUUUGUAUGCUGCUUUUCUUUAGGAGAGAUACUAAGAUUGUAAUAAAAAUUUGUAUACCUUUUGGACGGUCUUUUUGAAGAGCCUUUAAGCAUAUGUGGUUUCAAACUGAUUUUUUAAAAAUAAUAAUAAUAAUAAUAAUAUAAUAAUAAUAAUACUCUCUCUCAAAGGCACAGAAGUCUCUAUCAUCUGAAGCCAAUGCCUUUGGAAGUCUCACAAAUGAAUCAUGGUUACCAUUUUCUUUGGAGCUUUAGGAAGCAAAGCCAAAUGUAGACCUGUGUUCCUGGGACACUGAAAAAUUUUGGUAGGCUUGCAAAGAACACCAGUCCAACAUGGCAAGAUUGGGAUAGAAACGACAUUCCAAAACCUGACUUUUAUACCUUCGUACCUUUGCUAGCACAGACCUGUUCUAAACAGAAGCACUUGUUCAAAAACGAUUUAUAUAUUGUGCUCUUUUUUAACUGAAGCCAUUAUACAAGUUUUUGGGCUGCGUCAAAAAGGCCUACGUUCCACAUGGAGUCCUUUUGACCCGAUUUGUUCAAACUU